AUGCAGAAAGAAACAUGUACAACAGGUACUUCUUCAGACACAAAACAAACACAUACAGUCACCCCUUUAAGCUGCCAACAAAUUUCACAGCCCCUAUAAGCUGACAGCGGUAAUCUUCAAGAAAACAAUUCAAACGUUUACCAUAAUCUCAAAACAGAUUAUGAGGAACACAAUCAAAGUCUGCAAAAAAACAAUUAUAUCUUAAGAUGAACUACAAGCUAUCCAUAACUUUAAAACUGAUAAUGAUUUGAUCUUUAACCAACAGACAAGGUAGAAGCAAUUGUAAUCUGGUCAAAGAUGUCUACUGGCUGAGGCAUAUAGACAUUUAAAUGACUCAAAUCACUACCAAAAACUUACUCAUGACCCAACCCAUGAGACACUAGCAGAAACUAAAAGACUUGCCAUUAUACUCCACAUAUCAGACAUAAUUGACAGCACAACACACAAAUUUCUAACAAUAGAUGCACAAGUGAACACACCAGAAAGACCAAUAAUUUCAGGCUAUGAAGGACCAACUGUUAAACUCGCUUAAUAUGCUGACCGCGUAUUCAAUUUACCAAUACACCUAAUGAUCAAGGCAUCGAAGUCUGUGUAGAUAUGUUCAAUGAAAACAAAAUAAUAACUUCAGAACUAAAACAGUUAUUGAUAUCUUAUCUCUCAUGCAUUUACAAUGAACAACCUUCUUUGCAUUUACCAAUAAACACUUUCUACAAAUUCAUGGCACCGCUAUGGGAUCACCUUGGCACCCACCUAUGCAAACAUAUAUAUGGCAAUAUAUUGGAACGGAAGCUUCUCAACGAAGCACCAUACAGUCUUAUAUAGGGCAGUUUCUUGCUGGAAACAAGAAAUUUUUUUGCUAAGAAUUUUGGCUUUUGCUGUGUCGUUAUAGACGUUAACCUAUACUGAGCGACAAAACCAAAGCAUAAACUACAAAUUAUUUUUAAUUAGUGUUGUGUUGACCGAUAUAUAAGACAUUUCUUACUUUAUACUAUAUAUAGCUUUUGCAAUUUUACCUUAGCAUUCAUGUUUAUCCUGAUGAUGAAUAAAUAUUCGUCGAAAUGUUGACAAUAUCAAAUGAAGACAUGCAGAGUGUCCCCUAUUUUGUAUUGUGUUUUAACUAUAUCGGCGAUCAUAAUUGUUAGGGCUUUUAACUGAUUACAGAUUUACACGGUGUGUUCAAAAGAAAUAAAUGUUAUAGGUUAAUAGCACCAUGAUCUAUAUAAUGCGUUUGUGGUUACUGUAACUUCAAAUGUUGCAGUUUUGAAAUGCAGUACGUCUUAAAACAACGAAUUUGGGCAAUGGGAAAUCAAACGGUCUGCGGUGGACUUAAAUAAGGGUCACUCUGUGUUAUUGUUCAUAAUUUAAAAUAUUGUACUGUCUAUUUUCUUAAUAUUUAUAGUCGAUAAAGAUGGCGUUAAGGAAGUGACAUAUUUGAUCAGUGCUGCGCUUAUUUUCUUGGUAUCGUGCGUCACAUUCUCCAUCGUGUUCACAAUGCUCUCAAUUUCAGAGUAAGUAAAAGUUUAUAUUACAAAGCGUUUGAAUUUAACCGAGAACAUUGUAUGUUCUUGAUUGAAAUUCCCGGCAUAGUACGUGCGUGGUUUAGUUGAUUGUCAUCACACUCUAGUUUAGUGCACAUGGAGGGAUAUUUAAUUUAAACAAAAUAAUUUCAUAUAGGAUAUUAUAUAAUUUAUUAACACCAUAUCGCUUUUGUAAAGUAACCUAUAGGAUUCCUUGAAACCAAUCUAAAUGUAUGUAAAAAAUUACGAUUAAAAAACUGAUUAAAUUGUUUCAUGCCGAUUAUCAACACUUUUUGUAAUUGGUUUUCAGAAACAAUUAACUACUAUUUAACACAAUGCUAUUUGAUGAAUGAUUCUCAGAAUUGUAACAUAACAAUUUGCAUAGGAAGCCAGGACCGUGCUUAGGCCCAGCCUCAAAAUUCCAUUAUCUAAGAAUAAAUUUGAACAGCAAUCAAUUUCUUAACAGCGGCGUGAAAUGAUGUAUCAAAAUGAAACACAAAGUCUGUCCACCCCGGGUGUUUGUUCCCUCCUAUUCAUAUUGGUAUAUAAUCACGCUUUGGUGGAACAGUCGUCAGAGCAAGGGGGUUAGGAUAAAACGCCGAUACGGACGGAAGGAUGGCUUAUAUUCUCGUUAAAUGUAAUUUAAGAGUCACAUCUGCGUUUUAUCAGUGUGAUAUUAAUUUCCCAACUAUAUGUUUAUCCUAACUCAUCCUGCCAACUUGCCCUGUGGGAGGAAACCGAAGCCUUCGCCCGGAGAAAAUCGGCAGAGCGUUGGCAGACGCAUUUCACAUGACUCCGUAGGGAGAAUCGAACGCACGAUCUCAGAAGCGAAAGGCACUUGUUCUGAGGGUAACGAAGAAGAAGCGCGGAUACUGACGGACGAAUGGACGUAUCUGGAUACCCGAAGAUGCGAGUUCAAGUCACGCACGAGCCAACAAAUUUUUCGUUAUUUGAUUGCAGUAUCAGAAUAAUAUGAAACUAGUUUUUCGUAUCUCUGAGGAUGAUUCUAAAAUAGAAUUGAAACACUGCUCGUCCUCUAAGGCAAGCGUUAAGUCGUCACGAAAAUAUUUCGUGCACUUAAAUUGGAUAAGACUCGCUACCAAUCCCCGUUGACUCGAUAGCUCAAUGGGCAGAGCGGCGGUCUAGAUGCCCGAAGAUGCGAGUUCAAAUCCCGCUUGAGCCAACGGAUUUUGUCGUUGCUCGAUUGCAGUGUCACAAUAAUAGGAAACUAGUUCUUUGAAUUCUAAUUCAGGACCACCCUCGAAGAUUUAAAAACAUAUUUUGAUAUUAUUCUGUCACAUGCAGAGUAAAACGAAAAAUUCGUUGUCUCUAGUGGGAUUCGAACUCCCAUCUUCGCGUUUCUUGACCGUGGCUCAACCCAUUGAGCUUUAAUUAAAGUAUGAAAUUAUAGAAUCAGUGGCGUAACGGAACCUCCUGAGUCCCCUGUCAAAUUUUUAAGUGGGGGCCUUUUUCCAAAAAAAGUUGGCGAGCGGUGGUGGUGGCGUUUCUCCGAACCAUAUUCAUUGGAAAAUGGGGUUCAAGAAAAAAAUAGUCACAAAAAGUUUUUCGACCCAUGUUUACUAAAAAGAGGGGUCCAAAUUUCACAAUUUUAAUAUAUUGCUGCUUUUGGUCGUCAUCCGUUGCAAAUUUUCGAACCCUCUAUAACAGAGGCUCGGGUCAAUUUGCCCAAUGUAUUAGCUGUUAUUGUCAUUUUGGCCAUUUUGGAUGGUGGGGCAGGCGUACGCUGCUCGUGACUGGACACCCCCAGUAACGCUACUGAAUAGAAUUGAAACACUGUGCAUUCUCCAAGACAAGCUUUAGUUAUUCGUCGCAUUUAGACCAGAUAUUACUCACUACCAAUCCUUGUUUAAGAUAUUUAUUUUCUGAUAAAUAUGCCCGAUUGUUUUUUCCUAGCAGUUGCUUCUUCUAGCUUGUUUUUUUCCUAGCAUUUGCUUCUUGUUCUUUCCUAGCAGCACUUGAAUUUUCCUAGCUGUUGCUCUCCCUGCCCUCCUGUCUUGUACACCCAUGCAGGUUCUAAAUUGUCGCCUGAUCCUUUUAUUAUUUUAGGAUCAUACGAACAAGAAGACAUGCUGAGUUAUCCAAAAGAGUUGAACGCAUUCAACUACAUGGCCAAACAUAUCCCGAUCCAAUCACAGCACCAAGUUAUCGAGGAAGUGCAUCGUUUUCCAAAUACUACAAAUAUUAA